GGCCGCGGGGACCGGCCCGGCCUUGGGGGCCCCCGGGAGCGGGAUCCGGGGCCUGUCAGCAGCGCGACGCGCGUCCCGCCGGCCCUGACCCGGCCUUGGGGGGUCCCAGCGCCCCCCGUGCGGCGGCUCUUUGGGGGUUCGCGGUGCUUCGGGAUUCGUGCUCCACGGGACCGGCGUUGUGGUUCCCCCCGCGCUGGGGGUGUCCCCGCGCUGUCACCCUGGGACGGGGCCGGUACAUCGCCCGCGGACACCCCGGCACCCCCGGGACCCGGUGUGGCGGCCGCCCCGUGUUCCCGGGAGGGGUCGGAGGUGCCGGGACGGGGUGGGGAGGACACCAGCUCCAAGUCCCCGGGUUGGAGCCGGAGCCCCGCGGGACAGACUCAGCCCUGGCCCCGGGGAGGGCGCCAGCCCUGGGGGUGCUGAUCGGGUGGCGUUUCUCAGGAGGAGCCGCUUAUUUACCCCCCGUCAGGGCAGCCCGGGCACCGUCCGUGUCCCACGCCCCCCCGUGACCCUGGUUCCCCCGUGUCGCAAGAUAAACUCGUCCACACCCCGCGUGGGGUUUAUCGGCAACGAGGAAGAUGGUGAAGGAGACGGGAUACUACGACCUGCUGGGCGUGCGACCGGGAGCCAGCCUGGAUGAGAUCAAGCGGGCGUACCGGCGCCUGGCGCUGCGCUACCACCCCGACAAGAACCCCAGCGAGGGCGAGCGGUUCAAGCAGAUCUCCCAGGCCUACGAGGUGCUGUCGGACGCCCACAAACGGGCGCUCUACGACCGCGGCGGGGAGCGCGCCAUGAAGGAGGGCGGCCUGGGGAGCCGAGGGGGGAGCAGCGGGUUCGGCUCCCCCAUGGACAUCUUCGACCUCUUCUUCGGCGGGGGAGUGCGGAUGCGCAGCAGGGCAGACAGGCGAGGGAAGACGGUGGUUCACCAGCUCUCGGUGUCGCUGGAGGAUCUCUACAACGGCACCACGCGCAAGCUGUCCCUGCAGAAGAACAUCAUCUGCAGGAAAUGCGGAGGCAGCGGGGUGCGGGAGGGCGCCCAGAGGAGGUGCCCCAAGUGCCACGGCUCGGGAAUGGAGCUUCGCAUCCACCAGUUGGGGCCCAGUAUGAUCCAGCAGAUCCAGACGAUGUGUUCCCAGUGCCAGGGCCAGGGCGAGUGGAUCCGGCCGCGCGACUGCUGCCUCACCUGCAACGGCCGCAAAGUCGUGCGGGAAAAGAAGAUUCUCAACGUUCACCUGGAUAAAGGCAUGAAGGACGGGCAGAAGAUCACCUUCCAUGAGGAAGGGGACCAGGUUCCCGGCCUGGAGCCUGGGGACAUCAUCAUCGUCCUGGAUCAGAAGGAGCACCCCGUGUUCCGUCGCAGCGGCGACGAUCUCAUCGUCAAGAGGGAGAUCAGCCUGGCCGACGCGCUCUGCGGCUGCCGCCAGGUCAUCCGCACCCUGGACAACAGGACGCUGCUCAUCUCCUCCCCGCCAGGUGACGUUAUCCGACCCGGGGACUUCAAGUGUGUCCCCAACGAGGGGAUGCCCGUCUACAGGAGUCCCUUCCAGAAGGGAAAGCUCAUCCUGCAGUUCCAGGUGAAGUUCCCCGAGCCCGGCUGGCUCCCCGCCGAGCGCCUGCGCCAGCUCCAGGCCUUCUUCCCGGCCCAGGAGGAGGUGAUGGCCACCGAGGACACCGAGGAGGUCGAGCUCAGCGACUACACGGCGCACGGCGGGCCGGGCCGGCGGCCGUACGGCGAAGCGUACCACGAGGACGACUUCGAGGACGGCUCGCGCCAACACGUCCAGUGCCAGACCUCGUAGCCGGGGACACCGCAGCCCCCCAGCAGCCGGGCUGGUCCCACGGGGCCGCGGGGCUGGGGGGGGGCACAGGGACCUGUCACGUUCAGGGAUGUACAUAGGUCGCCUUUCCGACAGCACUUAACCUCCCUCGCCUCCCCCCCCGGGGAGCUGGUGUGGGGUUGUCCCGCUUUGGGGACCCCCCCGCCUGCCUGGGCAGGGAUGGGGCUGGGGAGUCAGGUCACCGGCUCUGAGGAGCCGCUGCUGCCGGGGGGCUCAGCCGGAUCCGGCCCCCCCAAGCCAAGACCGAUAGGGAGGGGGGGGCCUCUCUGCCUGCCUCAGUUUCCCCACGCGGUGGGGCAAAGCCCCCGCAGGAACUGAUUUGGGGGGGGACAAGAACUGCCCAGCUCAACUGCCGCCCCCCUGCGGGGGUCCCUGUCCCCCCCCCACGGUGCCGUCCAGCCCCACCCCAUAGGGAGCCACUGCCUGGGCCCCCCCCGGUCCUUUGCUUUGCCCGUUUCUUUCCUUGCUGGGGAGCGGAGGGGGUUUCUCUUUUCUCUUUGCACAGAACAGAAGGGGCUUGGGGGGGGACCCAUCUUUGGCGGGGGGGGGGGGGGGGCCCAUCCUUUUAAUUUAUUUUUGGAAGAAUUUUAAAACUUUUCUUUUUGGGACACUUUGUACACGGCAUUAAAAGCGAAUCCCAAGGCC